UUGAACGCUUUCUCUUUGGAAAGUGAAAGUAGAAAAGGAAAUCGAAAGUAUGACUGACAACGAACAUGAAUUAGUGAAAAACCCAGAAUUACCAUUAUUGAAAGAAGAAUGCGUAUACACAAAGUGUUAUUGUGAAGAAAAUGUUUGGAAGGUUUGUGAAUAUGUGAAGAAUCACCAUCCUGCUUUACUUGAUAACUGUUACUGUGUAUUCAUAUCAAACAAAGACAAAGUGAUACCAUUAUGGCAGCAGAAGUCAAGUCAAAGAGAAGAUACUCUUGUGAUAUGGGAUUACCAUGUGAUAUUUAUAUAUAAGCAGUCUGAGAAAGAAUCCUUAGUAUAUGACCUUGACACGUCCUUACCCUUCCCAUGUGACUUCAAAACCUACUUUUUAGAGGGAAUAAGAUCCAAUCAAACAUUACAACCACAAUAUCAUAGAUUUUUUCGAGUAAUCUCAGCACCAAUAUUUCUGCAGAAUUUUGCUUCAGAUAGGAGUCACAUGUUAAAUGAAGAUGGAAAUUACCUACAUCCCCCACCAACAUAUCAGUGUAUUAAAACCAAAGAAUGUGACAAUAAUAUAAGUGAUUUUAUCAGUAUGGACCCAGAUGUUGGAGUUGGAACAGUAAAACCUUUAAAUGACUUUGUUAGUUUCUUUCAUCAUUCAUAAACUACAUUUCUCCAAAUCUGCCAAUAGAUUUCAGACUGUGUAACAUGUUUGUAAAGGAAAACAUAGUACUCACUUAAUCUGAAGCAGCUACAAUAACAUUCAAGAUGUCUUCUUUUAUAAACUAGGUAAUUUUUAGCUGAAAUUAACAAGACCAGCAGACAUACAUGUUAUGUUGUUUAUGAAUUGUAUCAACCUGAACUGUGAUAUUAUUUUUUUUACUA